AAUUAACGAUUUAAUCAAAACCCUUGCUGGACAAUUGAAACCUUCGCCUUUAACCUUCUCGUCAACAUAUCGUCGACCUUCAAGUUUCAUCAAUGGCGUCCAUCUGCGUUCAAUCUCCCUUUAAACCCAUCAAUAUCGCUCCUAAUUCCUUUCCUUUUAACAACCCAUCGUAUAAAGUAAAACCCCCAUUCAUUUGCAACUUCUCUCUCUCCCAAUCCAAAACUCAACCUACUCUCACCACUGAGCCCACUCCAAUCCUUACUUCUGUCACGACAUUCGCACCUGCAACUGUCGCCAAUCUCGGCCCAGGUUUCGACUUCCUUGGAUGCGCCGUUGAUGGCCUUGGCGAUUUCGUUUCUCUCUCCCUUGACCCAUCCCUCCCCCCAGGCCAACUCUCUAUUUCCUCAAUCUCCGGAAACGUUUCUUCCAAACUCUCCAAAGACCCACUUCUUAACUGUGCCGGUAUCGCUGCUCUUGCUGCAAUGAAGCUUCUUAACAUUCGUUCUGUAGGCCUUUCACUGUCCCUCCAAAAAGGUCUUCCACUUGGGUCAGGACUCGGCUCAUCAGCAGCUUCAGCCGCAGCUGCAGCCGUAGCUGUGAAUUCCCUAUUCGGCUCACCAUUAUCCCCUCUUGAGCUUGUGCACGCUGGGCUUGAGUCUGAAGCUAAAGUUAGUGGGUAUCAUGCUGAUAACAUUGCCCCCUCAAUAAUGGGGGGUUUUGUUUUGAUUAAAAAUUAUGAGCCAUUGGAUUUAAUGAAGUUGGAAUUUCCUGAAACGAAUGAAUUGUAUUUUGUACUUGUAAGUCCGGAAUUUGAAGCUCCUACUAAGAAGAUGAGAGCUGCAUUGCCUAAGGAGAUUGGUAUGUCCCAUCAUAUAUGGAAUUCCAGUCAAGUGGCGGCUUUGGUGGCGGCGGUGUUAAUGGGUGAUGUACAAGGAUUAGGAAAGGCAUUGUCGAAUGAUAAAAUUGUGGAACCAACACGGGCACCGUUGAUUCCGGGUAUGGAGGGGGUGAAGAAGGCAGCAAUUGAUGGUGGAGCCUUCGGGUGUACGAUUAGUGGGGCCGGACCUACUGCGGUGGCAGUGAUUGAUGGGUUGGAGAAGGGGAGAGUGAUAGGGGAUAGGAUGGUGGAGGCAUUUUGGAAGGAAGGAGGAUUGAAGGCUACUGCUGUUGUUCAAAAACUUGAUAGGGUGGGUGCUAGAGUUGUUAGCAGUGUUCCUAAAUGAAGCGUUUUUUGGGGGUAAGUUCUUUUAGCAAUGUUUUUUCUUGAAGUAAUGUAUUGUUGUAGUGAUGACUAUCACAAAUUCUUGUAUGAGACGGUCUCACCAAGAGUCGUGCCUCCUACAUGUGUUGAAUAACUCAACUAAUACUAAUUAUUGACAUCUGAGCUUCUUCUUGUGAGGGCGUCCCACCGAAAGACAAUGUCACCAAAAGAUGGUGUCUCGUAAGUGUAGCUCGAUGACUAUUGAAUGAAUUUGACUUUGUUGAGGUGAGGAAAGAAAAUAAAUUUUGUAUUUGAUGGAGAAGAUUAAUUGAAUUGGAAUUUGAUGAGCUUUAAGCUCCUUUUCAUUUCAUUGUAGCUGAAGAUUUUCCAUUGAUACCCGUGUUUUUAUAGGA